AACGCUCUGGAACGACGGCAUGGGAGUCACCAGAAACAGGCUUCUCGAGAGGCGCAUUCGUCAUUGUUGUGAAUAUCAGUUGGCGACAUUAAGUAGGCUUGUCCACCAUGGUCUGCAUCCGUAUGCGAUACCAUUCAUCUCAUUAGUGGCUCAAUUUCAUUUUCUAGCAUAAGACCUUCUGGUUCAAUUUGCUUUUCUUUACACUACUUCUUAUCACGUUACUUACCACGAUAGAUCCGGAGGAACUGUUGUUAUGGCGGUCUCACAAAAAGCACAGUCCUUGAGUUUCCAUUCGCACCAGACGGCAUUAGCAAUUAUCUUACCGUCGCACCUGACAACUGAAAUCGAUCGCCUCAGAGCUGCCUACGACAAAAACUGGACUACUUGGCCUGCUCACAUAACUCUUGCAUGUCCCUUCGUUCAUCCAGAUCUUCUCGAUACAGCUUUAUCCCUCCUGGAGUCUGCAUUUUCCGAAGCUCCAUGGGAACCAUUGCAUCUAAUUCUAGGAGAAGCGGGCUAUUUUGCAAACAAAUACCGCUCUACAGUUCAUUUACGGCCGGAGGACAAUGAGGGGCUACAACAACUGCGACAGAGGAUCAACUCCAUACUCUCUCAAUCUAACCAUGAUUCAUUCAUCCCACAUGUUACAGUCGGUCAAGCGGGGCCGACAAAUACCGAAUUACGUGACUCGCUACUUCUGAAGGUCGGACUACUACCGAAGAUCGAGUGGCCCGUUCAUGAAAUCGCGAUCAUGAUUAGGGACGAAGACAGAAAGAUGAAAGUCUGGAGAACAGUCCGACUCUCGGCCAGAGGCAGGUCUUGCGAUGAUUUGAUCAAGUCCCAUACUGGAAUACAAUCUGUUCCAGAGCUCAACCAGGGGUGUUCGACUGUACAAUCAUCAUCUGAUAUCGUGUCGGUCAGUCGAGUAUCUCAAGAAGCAACUUACCGAUUUGAUCCUUCUGCAUGUCUAUGGAAGGCUCUCGACGUUGUGCCUCAAAUCAGGACGCGCCAGAACACCACGACCAGUAUCACAGUGUCGAGCUAUAAUGUCCUGAUCGACUCAUUGUUCCCACCUCCUCGAGAACGAUUUGCCAUCCUGCUGGAUACGAUACGCUCAAGUCGUGCCGCUGCCGAUGUACUCUUGCUUCAAGAGGUCUCAGACGAUUUUCUGACGUACCUCCUUUCCAACGAUGAUAUCCGUCAACAGUAUCCCUACACUACGCACGCCCCGUCAGAUCAGGUUGACGUCGGUCCUCUCCUCAGUUUAAGGAAUGUCGUCAUUCUGUCACGCCGGAGUUUCAUUUGGGAAUUUGUUCCCUUUGAGCGCAGACACAAGGGUGCUGUACUGAUACGUCUCCCUCAUAUUGGUGUCGAGGGCGACGAUGGAAAGUCUUACCCUCUUGUCAUUGCAGGGGUCCAUUUGACUUGCGGUCUGACUGAUGGAUCUGUGGCAGCCAAGCAAAGCCAGAUUCGUACGCUGACACGCCACUUGUCUGCCAAGUAUCCCAGCUCACCAUGGAUCAUCGCUGGAGACUUCAAUAUCAACACUUCGAAACAGAUGGUCGUCGACGCUGUGAAUUCGCACUCUAUCACAAUGGAGACUGUGAGGACAUUGAACUCGAUAGAAUCUACAAUUUCCGAUGCUGGCUUCAUCGACUCAUGGGAGGUUACGGGAUCGGAAGAGAACACGAUGGCCGAAGAGGGAUGUCCUGACGGAGAACAGGGUGCUACUUUUGAUCCAUUGAGAAACCCAUUGGCGGCGCAGAUAGUGGGACAUGGAUCUCAUCAUCGACCUCAACGUUAUGACAGGAUUCUGGUCAGAGGCAAGGAUGUCCUCCAGCCUGUCCGAUUCAAUAUGUUUGGCAUUCCUGAACAGGUUGAAAGCAGAGAGUCUACCUGUGGAUCAGAUCAUUGGGGAGUCCGAGCAACAUUCAGCGUGGUAUCUAGCAGGCACCUCGAACUAGACACGGCAGCGUCUCUAAGUUUAGUCAACUACGCAUCUGGUAUCAAUGCGCAAAGUCUGCUAAAAUUUAUCGCUAAUAACGUCUUGAAUCCCACCAGCGACGAAGUCACACGGCGGAAGCAGAUUUUUGAGAUUCUUAGGACUUGUCUCUCGCAGAUCUCAAAUGCUGAGAAUAGAGUUUCAAUGGUCGUAGUUCCAGUUGGAUCCUAUGGUUUGAAUGUCUGGAACACGGCCUCUGAUAUUGACUGUCUAUGCAUCGGCUCCAUCAGCUCGAAGACGUUCUUCACACUUGCCAUACAACGCCUCCGGGCGUCAUCCGAACAAGGCAUUCGGAUCCUUCGAAAAGUGGGAGCUCAUACUGGGACUAUGCUAGAGAUCGAGGUUCAGGACGUGAGAGCUGAUGUUCAAUACUGUUGCGCCACACGGAUUGCGGAGACCUGGCCAACUCCGCUAUCACUUUCAAGUUCCGACCCAAUCUUCUCUUUGUCACAUCAAGCACUAUCGAAGCUCAAAGCCGUCCGUGACAUGGCUGCCCUCCAAGAAACGAUUCCAAAUUUUCCCGCGUUCCAGCUUGCCUACCGCUACAUCGUGAUCUGGGCAGUAGGUCGGGGACUCUAUGCAGCGCGGUUUGGUUUUCUGGGAGGUCUACACAUCUCCAUGUUGCUGAAUCGUAUCAUCAAGCUCCUUUACAGACAGAGUCAUGAUAAGGUUGAUACUUUUACUGCCGCAGACAUCGUAUGCGCCUUCUUCAGGUACUAUGCUACAUUCGAUUGGAAGAAGCAUGCAGUAGAAGAUCCAGAUAUACAGCAGACUCAAGGCCGGCGUCCGCAUACACGACACUUUGGCGAGGCCAUGGUCAUCACCGGAUUCAACGCCCCCAACACGAAUAUCGCACGUCAAGCAACGAUCCCCGCUGUCCGUACAUUAGAACAAGAGUUGCAGAGGGCAGAUCACAUCAUUAUUACUCAACUCAAAGCGCAGUCAGGUAUCGAUUGGGAAAGAAUCCUUCAUGACGAUGGGAGAGAUGCAGUCACAGAGUUCUUGACUUCGUAUAACAGUUAUAUCCGGAUUGAUGUGCAGUUCUGGGGCUUGAGCAAGGGCCGUGAGCUCCUUGGCUGGAUUGAAAGCCGCUUCCCAGCCCUCCUUGUAGACCUCAACAGACGCUUUCCCGAGAUUCACGGCAGAAUAUGGCCCGCUCGGUUUACACGCGACCAGUCUAGUUGUGAUUCGAGUACUAUCGAAUCUACCGCCGCGAAAGAGUUCCAAGGCUGCUAUCUUGUUGGGCUUACUAAAACCCAAGAGCAUAGGGCAACAAACCAGUCGACCGAAGACAAGCGUGUAGUAGCGAACAAACUGACAGACAUGUUGGACAAAUUUGCAGUCAACAUCCGGGAGAACAACCAAUAUUUCAAUGUCAACAUCGCCUGGGUCGAUGUCUCGCACGUUAAACAUACCGAUCUAGGCGCCUUGCGUGUCGACAACAGGGCCUGGGGAAGCGACAUCUUCGAAGCUGAUCUCUCAGAAUUCGACGAGGAAGAAGAAGAAGACCUGCCCAUUGAUGAGUUCGAGAGACUAGAGCUCACGACAAUGUCCAAAGUCAAGCCCACUAGCCGAUCAACAAGUAGGCCGACAACAUCAAGCCCUCUCGUAAAGGGAAAGAGGCUUCGUCCCGCAGCGGAUGUCAUAAGUCGCAUCCGCUGGGAUCCUAGUCUUGACAGCACUGACUUCAUUGUGGGAUAUCUUGACCGCUUCACCGGGGCCAAGGAGAUUGCACUUGAUCGCUGGAAAGACGAACAGACCGACGAGGAGUUCAUUCCACAGCAUCGUAUCAUGUAUUUCCGGAGAAAGAGCGAUGGCGUGAAGAUCUGGGACAGAGAGGCUAGGCUGGAUAAUCUUUUCGGUGGCUACAAACCUUGGUACUGAGGUAAUGAUCUUGAGAUUCGCAUUUUAGCAGAGUAAAUCAUUAAAUUUCGUAUGUUUAAUGUCUAGGGAUUUUUAUGCCUGCCAUCCGUGUAAGUGAGCAUAUGACUAAGACGGGCUAUACGGACGCGUUCCAUGGAACUGGACAACUAAAAGGGAUAGAGCUAUGGAUCUCCCAAUGUCCAUCACGAUCCUCAAAGCAUCACGG